GAAGUGGUUGUUCUGGAGGAGGCGGGCCUGGGAAGGUGGGGUCUGUGACGCUCACGCCCCGGGCUCUGGCGCUUCUUUCCGCCAGCUGCGACCUGAGGGAAAAGUGUUGCUAGGUCUGUGGGGAGCCGCAGCGAUGGCCUCCGUGCUGUCCUACGAAAGCCUGGUGCACGCUGUGGCCGGAGCCGUGGGAAGUGUGACAGCAAUGACAGUAUUUUUUCCCUUGGAUACAGCUCGACUCCGACUUCAAGUUGAUGAGAAAAGAAAGUCCAAAACUACACACAUGGUGCUCCUCGAGAUCAUUAAGGAAGAAGGCCUCCUGGCACCAUAUCGAGGGUGGUUUCCAGUUAUCUCCAGUCUCUGCUGCUCCAAUUUUGUCUAUUUCUACACUUUUAAUAGUCUCAAAGCAGUCUGGGUCAAAGGUCAGCGUUCUACUACUGGAAAAGAUCUAGUAGUUGGAUUUGUUGCAGGAGUGGUGAAUGUGUUGCUAACAACUCCACUCUGGGUGGUAAACACCAGACUGAAGCUGCAAGGGGCAAAAUUUAGGAAUGAAGACAUUGUACCAACCAACUACAAAGGUAUUAUUGAUGCUUUUCACCAGAUCAUUCGAGAUGAAGGAAUCUUGGCUUUAUGGAAUGGCACAUUUCCUUCCUUGCUGUUGGUCUUCAAUCCUGCCAUCCAGUUCAUGUUCUACGAAGGUUUAAAAAGGCAGCUUCUAAAGAAAGGAGCGAAGCUUUCUUCUUUGGAUGUGUUCAUCAUUGGUGCAAUAUCCAAAGCGAUUGCUACCACCGUCACCUAUCCUAUGCAGACGAUACAGUCAAUUCUGAGGUUUGGACGUCAUAGACUAAACCCAGAAAACAGAACACUGGGGAGUCUUCGGAAUGUUCUCUAUCUUCUUCACCAACGAGUAAAGCGUUUUGGAAUCAUGGGACUCUACAAAGGCCUUGAAGCCAAACUGCUACAGACAGUCCUCACUGCUGCGCUCAUGUUCCUGGUUUAUGAGAAACUGACGGCUGCUACCUUCACAGUUAUGGGGCUGAAGAGUGCCCGCAAGCACUGAGACACCUCACACUGCAAAGUGCAGAAAGAUGCUCAAGAUGGGGGGUUCCUUCUAUGUGAAGGGAAGUGAUUCUCUUUUUAUUCUUGCUGUGUGCACCAUGAAUUUUACCCUCAUUAGCUGGAAAAGCGUCUAAGGGUAAACAUGGAAUAUAGCCAGCUAGACCUGUCCACAACUUAAUUUUUAUGAUGGUUGGUUGUGAAUUUUGUGGGGGAGGUUAGUCUAAUGGUCGUACAAAAAAAAACCAUUAUUGAAAACCUGAAGAUGGAAGUUUGUGGGUGUUUAUUGUUUUUCUUAAGGUGAAUGGACUAUUGCUCACAUGUGUAAUCUUUUCCAGUUAAAAUCUUCCUUAAAUUUACCAGCUGUUCUUUUCCUCUGAUUCUGGGGACACAUUUAAUACCAUAUAAUUCUCCUCGUAUACUUUUGUAUGUUUUAAUCUUGGUAUUUUCCUCACUAAAAAUAUUAUGAUUGUUCCACAGGCAUGACUUGAACUUCUUUCCUCCUGCUUAAGGAAAGGUGUCUCCUUUAGUACAUGAGCUAUUUAUUUUGUGGGAGAAAUGAAAAUGAUUAAUCCCAAAUGAUUCUCUUAUAAACUAUUUGUGAACAUCACUUAUUCAUUAGUAUUUGACAUAAUUAAAAAUAUUUAUUUUGAAUCAGCCCUUUCAUUACAAAAGGCUUGAAGUUUUUAUGUUCAUCCAUACAAGCCCCAUCAAGUUGAGUCCCAAUAAACUGUCAACACAGAAGACAUUUUAAAAAGAUGCCUUUAUUCAGGUACCACAUUGGGUUUACAACUAGCUCGUAAAAAUCAUAGAAAAGCGGGCGCCUGGGUGGCUCAGUUGGUUAAGCGACUGCCUUCGGCUCAGGUCAAGAUCCUGGAGUCCCAGGAUCGAGUCCCGCAUCGGGCUCCCUGCUCGGCAGGGAGUCUGCUUCUCCCUCUGACCCUCCUCCCUCUCACGCUGUCUCUCAUUGUCUCUCUCUCAAAUAAAUAAAUAAAAUCUUAAAAAAAAAAAAUCCUAGAAAAGGGACAAGGAGCAGGUACCCUGUUUAGGCUCUGGAAUAUUCUCUCCCUUUACAAAGUCCUGGUGGAGGCUAUCUCUUUUGAGUAUAAACAUCUGAUUGAGGUUAUUUCUAUUUGGAAACAUUUCUUAUAGUCCUACUAUUCAAAGUGUAUGCAUCAGUCAGCAGCAUUGACAUCACCUGGGAGCUUGUUGGGCACGCGGUCCCAGACCUUCUGAAUCAUAGUCUGAAAUUUAACAAGAUCCCCGGGUGAUUCAUACUCACAUUAAAGUCUGAGAGACCUUAGAGCCCCUGACUCAACAGAAGCUAUGAUUGGUUUCAAUUAUAGAAACCAAGACAAAGAUUUUUCUCAAAGGAAAGUUGGACUAAUGGAUUAAAUAAAAAACCCCUGAGUGCCCCACAUCAUCCUUUACUUUCGCCUCAUAGCACGUUUGAAGGUGGUUGGACUUUUAUUAUGCAGCUAGGGGUGAAUUUAGGCCUCUCAAGCCACCCGAGAAGCAAACUCCGAGAGGACAUUUGAGAAUAGCCCUUUGGGUUCCUGUGACUUAGUUUUUGUCCCUAUAACAAAAUGACAGGCUUUUCAUUUAUAAGUCUAAUUCAGUUGGAGUCAGAGAGAGGAACAAUGAAGUAUCUAUGGACUCCAGUAUUUAGUUCAAUUUUGAAAGUGGAAAUUUAUUUCUCUUAUUUCCUCUCUGGUCCCUGUGGUAAUUUAAAAAUAGGUGAUUAUCAAGCUCCUGAUAAUUGGAAGACGGUUGUGUUGUUCUAGAAAGCAAGAUUUAGGAGGGGCUCAUAAUCUGGGAACUAGACUGAACACUCAUCCCCUAUUGAAGACAGAGAAUUGGCCUCAUUACUACCUUCUAUUUUACUUUAAGGUUUGUGUGUGUCUGUGGUAAGGCUUGGGUGGGAAGCACAAAACUUACUUUGAUUUUUAUGCAGGAGAAGAAUGAUCAUAAAAGUGUAAUGUGUGUGAUUUUGUUGUUUUAAUUAUGCAGUGCACUUUGGAAACUGAAUUUUGAGCUCAGGUUGGUAUGUUAGAAUAAUUUCCAAGUCAAAUUAUAUAGUUAAAUGAAGUGUUUAUGAUGUGAAAAUCUAUUUGAUGCUUCUUUUUUCUGAUUUUAUGAGCGAACAACUUAAUACUGAGGUUUUAUGCUCCCUAUGAAAGGAAGCUUACAGACUCACUAGUUGAAACUAGGUAAUGACUCACCCAGUUUUGUAAAACCUUUGAUUAAUAAUAAGUUAUUUGAGAAGACUAAGGAGCCGAAGUGUAUACUGCAGAAAUGGAAAUUUUUAUUUUUGAUUCCUCAUGCAGUUUCUCUAGAAUGUGAGGAUAAGAGCCUUGGGGUUAUAUUAGUGUCACUGCAGUAGAAAAUUUAAUUUCUGUAAGUAUUUAAUCUGUGUUUUGAAGUGGACACUGAUAUUUCUACCCUCCUCUAUUUUACAAUUAAGUUUGAAAUGCAGAAACAGGAUUGACAGUAAGAACAUAAGCAGUGGGAGCUAGAAUCUGGGGUUUUAUUCCCAGCUCAACCACCGACUGACUAGCACAUUACGUCAUCUCCUUAUGCUUCAGCUUUCUGAUGAGUGAAGAUAAUACUCACUACCCACUUGAGAGGAUGUUUAAGAGCUAAUGAUGUCAACUAAAUCCCUUUAUGAUCGCCAGAGAGGGAAAAUCUGAGUGAAACUUUUGACUGUGCCUAGAUUUAUAUAGCAGUUUUUCUUAAAGCUUCAGCACUUUCUUAUCUUACAACCCCCAUAUCUCUGGGAAGGACAAGGAACAGUGUCCCAUUUAAGGAACAAGGAAAUCGAGACAGAACUAUCAAUUGACUUGCCUCAUUGGAAUCAGGACAAGAGUUGAGUUUCCUGCAGUCAAGUGUAAGGAUGAAAAGAAUGGAUUCUGGAAUUAGACCUAGGUUCAACUCUGGCCCCACUCCUUACCAGCUGUGAGAACCAAGUGAUUACUGAACUUGUAUAAAACUCAGUUUCCUCAACUGUGAAAUGGAGGUCUUGAUAAACCUACCUGUGAUUGUGAGGAUUAAAGAGAUCAUAUAUAUAAAUUGCUUAGCACAGUGCUUGCCACGUGAGAAGAGCUAGAUAAAUGUUAGCAAUGACUUUUAUCAUUAUGUGAUUAUUACUGUCGAGGGGGCCGGCUGUUUGAAUAGAUCACACCAGUGAGUGGAAAUCACUCUGGGUUUUGAGCCAGACCUGGCUUCGGAUUUUCAUUCUGUUGCUUAAUAGCAUCCUGGCCACAGACAAGUUGCGUGCUCACCUUUCUGAAUCUGUGUCUUCAUCUGUCCGAUGGAAAUGAUUCCCUCACAAGGCUGUAAUACAUGUACAGAUAUCUAUAUAGAGAUAUAUAUAUCUUCUUUAAUCCUCAGAACAGACUUGCAAGGUAAUCCUUUCUAUUGGACAGAUGGAGAGAUAUAUAUGUGCGUCUGGCACAGUACAUGAAAUAUAUAUAUAUGCUUAAUGCUGGUUUUUUAUAUUGAGAGAUAUAUAACAUUAUAUUAGUUUUAGGUAUACAAUAUAAUGAUUCGAUAUAUGUUUAUAUUGCAAAACAACCACCACAAUAAGUCUAGUUAACAUCUGUCACCAAAAUAUCCAUCAGAUAAAUGCUGUUUGAACCAAGAAAAUCAGCUAGGUUUUACUUUGGGGCAAUCUUUCCUCUUUCCAUUGGUUUGAAUUUUGGCCAUUUCUUUUCUGGGAGCCUUAUCGAUGUAUCUCCUCAAAAGAGAAGUCAAAACCAGUAAUUUCAUGUUUUGUUCAAUAUUCAAAUUAAGCCCCCCAAAUAUUGAUCUGUUAAUCAGUAAAAUACAAACUGGUUCAACAGCAGAAAGUCACUGGCUGAGAUAGUAUUCAUCUUGACUCUCUGGAAAAACUAGGAAGAGUGCCUUUGUGGAGCCCAAUACCACACAUCUAAGGAGAGCCCUUCCUCUGGGCAGCUGAAUUACUUACCUGGCAAUGUUAAAUGUCAGCAGGAUACCAAAUAUAUACAAAGGCUCAGUUACAGGAUAUUUACAUAUGCAGUAAAUACAACUGUGACUUGCAGGGUUUUUACCACCAUUGGAGUGAAAGGGCCUUGGGUUAUACUGGUAGCCCCUAAAAAAAGCAUGUUCAGUGGGACAUAAUGGACAAGAAAAAAAAUUUUCCACGGACUGGGCAAGAGAAGGAAAGAAAGUUACUAUUUAAAGACAGAAACUGAGGGGCCCCUGGGUGGCUCAGUCAGUUAAGUGUCUGCCUUCAGCUCAGGUCAUGACCCAGGAGUCCUGGGAUCAAGCCCUACAUCAGGCUCCCUGCUCAGUGGGGACUCUGCUUCUCCCUCUCUCUCUGCUGCUCCCCCUGCUUGUGCUCUCGCUCUCUCUCUCUCUCUCAAAUAAAUCUUAAAAAAAAAAAAAGAAAGUGAAAAGGAAAUUAGAAGAUGGAAAUGGGAGUAGGAGCUCCCUACUGAACCUAGAGACACUCUACUACUUGAAAGAUCAUUUCCUGUCCUGAAAGAACUUAUAUCUAGGGGAAGACAUGUCUUGGAUUUUGAAUUACAGUAGUCCAUCUGUAUCUCUGUCUUUCCCUAGAUAUAAGUUUUUUAUUUUUAAAAAAAUAAAAGAUUGUACAUGUUUUUAGAAUUCUUGCACUCUGGUGUUUUCUUGGUUGUUGAUUUUCAGUUUUUCAGAUUUCCUUAAUUAGUUCACACUUUUUUUUUUAAGAUUUUUUAUUUGACAGACAGAGACACAGUGAGAGAGCGAACACAAGCAGGGGGAGUGGGAGAGGGAGAAGCAGGCUUCCUGGCGAGCCCAGGACCCUGGGAUCAUGACCUGAGCCGAAGGCAGACGCUUGAUGACUGAGCCACCCAGGCACCCCAGUUCACACUUUAUUGAGUAUACUUUAUUUUGCUAGUCAAUUGACUCCUUUAUCCUUCAUUAUUUCUUUGCUUUAAUUGGAGUCAUCAAAAUUAUCUACCUUGUGGUACACCAAAUUCUUUCAUGUGUGCUUUAUUCUUGUUUUGCUUUAGUUUCUAUAGAACCCAUUAGCAGAGUAGAUGGCCAGCCAAGUAGGUGAUUCCCUAUGGAGGAACUUUUAUUAAAUUGCAGAUUCCUAUUCUAGGAAUAACAUUUUAUCCAUUUAUUCAAGAAAUAUUACCUAUCAUAUCCAAGCACUAUGCCAAUUGCUGGGAUAAUCCAGUCUCUGUCUUCAUAUAGCUCAUUGUGCAAUAUGGGAGACAGACAAAAAACAACUUGGAAUUUUUUUUUUUUAAAGAUUUUUUAUUUAUUUGAGAGAGAGAGAAUGAGAGAGAGCACAUGAGAGGGGGGAGGGUCAGAGGGAGAAGCAGACUCCCUGCCGAGGAGGGAGCCCGAUGUGGGACUCGAUCCAGGGACUCCAGGAUCAUGACCUGAGCCGAAGGCAGUCGCUUAACCAACUGAGCCACCCAGGCGCCCAAACAACUUGGAAUUUUACCACUGAUGAGUUCUGAUGAGAAAUAUAAGUGUUCACAGUUGCUUCGGGAGCGUGGGGAGGCUGGGGCUGACUGUCUUCAUCUAUGUGAUCAGAAGGCAACCUAUGAAUUAGCAACAUACCAAGAAGUAGGUAAAGGACCUUCUUGACAGAAGAAAUAAAUAGCAUUUGCAAAGUAGAAACAGGAUGAUGCUUUGUACCUUGUACAUUGAAUUAGAUCCAGACACUUCUCAACCUAGAUCUUGGAGUUGAACACAUAUUGGAAUUGGGAAGGGGUGGAGCAUCUUCAGGUCACUGAGAGCCUGCAACAAGGGAAAAGAAGUGUUCAUGACCCUCAAUUUUUGACAGUUUUGACUACAGUUACACUUGGAUCUAAAGAAGGAAGAUACAGUCCUAUACUCUAUGAAUUUAAAAUCUAAUUUUACACAUAUUUUGAAAAUUAGACAUAACACGUAUCAUUUAGUUCCACCUCUGUGAAGAUAGGCCAGCAGGAGCGGUUCAGGCUUACUGAGAACUGCUGUUACCAUAUAGACUUACACCUUAUCUUGAUCAAUAUGGAAAUGUUUACUUGGUAAACAGUUUGGAGCCUAGUUGAGGCUAAGAUCCUGAAUACUUUCUCAUGUAUUUGUUAGUGUGUUAAAAAUUUUAAAAGUAGGGCUCCUGGCUGGCUUAGUUGGUGGAGCAAGCGACUCUUGAUCUUGGGAUUAUGAGUUCUAGUCCCAUGUUGGGUGUAGAGAUUACUAAAAAAAAAAAAAAAUAUAUAUAUAUAUAAAAGCAGUGAAGACUUAAGGGGAAUUUAAAAAUUGAGGAAGUCUUUUGUUUUUUAAUUUGCAAGUAGGUGUGACAUUUACAGAUUUUUUUCCUAACACAUUCAUUCUCAUUUUAUUCUCUAUUGUGAGAUUUAUUUAAAUUACUUAUUUACUGUAUAGAUGGGGAAAUUGAGACACGGAUCUGGCUUAGGUCACAUAGCAAAGGAUUGGAUGUCAGAAAUAGGAAUUCAGACCUCCUGAUAUUCUAUCCAGCGAUCUUUCACUAGCUUGUACUGCUUGGAGAUAGCUAUUUUCUAUUUUGGUUUAAAUUUUUUCAUUUAGCUUUUGUUUUUUCUUAUAAAAAUAAUACAUAGUCAUCAUAAAAAUUUCAGAAAAUAUAGAAAAGAAUGAAGAGAAUAAAGUUAUAUUCCUAUAUAUGUGUGUAUACAUACCUAUAUUCCCAAUGUCUAGAAAUCACUGCUAAAAUUUUAGUAUAUCUAUUUUCAGACUUGUUUAAAUAUGUACAUGUAUAUAUAUGUACACACAGAUACGUUUAAAUAGGGGUUUUUUUUUAAGAUUUUAUUUAUUUGAGAGAAAGAGCACACAUGAGUAGGGGGAGGAACAGAGGGAGAGGGACAAGCAGACUCCAUGCUGAGCACAGAGCCCAUUUGGGGCUCAAUCCUACAACCCCAAGAUCACAACCCAAGCUGAAAUCAAGAGUCAGAUGCUUAACCGACUGAGCCGCUCAGGUGUCCCUAGAUAGGUUUUGGCUUUUUUUAAUGAAAUCAUAGGUAUAUUGUAGGUAGGGGGUUUUUUAAAUAAAAUCAAACUGGGGCUCAGUCGUUAAGCAUCUGCCUUCGGCUCAGGUCAUGAUCCCAGAGUCCUGGGAUUGAGCCCCACAUCGGGCUCCCUGCUUUGCGGGAAGCCUGUUUCUCCCUCUCCCUCUCCCUCUGCUUGUGAUCCUGCUCUCACUCUGUCUCUCUGUCAAAUAUAUAAAUAAAAUCUUUAAAAAAAAUAAAAAUAAAAAAAUAAAAUCAAACUGCCUAAUUUUGUAAAAUUUCAUCUCAAAUGUAAUUUAAUGUCAAAUAUCUGCAUCGUAAUUUUAGUUCUUCAUAGAAUUGUACUGUGUGGUUGUAUCCUUAUUUAGUUAGUCUCCUAUUGAUGGACUUUUAGAUUGUUUCCAAUUUUUUGCUAUUAUAAAUAAUGUGAUAAGAUUCUUAA